AUGGAGUCCAGAGGGAAGUCAGCCAGCAGCCCCAAGCCUGACACCAAGGUACCCCAGGCCACCACUGAGGCCAAGGCUCCCCUGGCUGUGGAUGGGAAAGCCCCCUUGACCAAGCCCAUGAAGAAGGAAGCCCAAGCAGAGAAGCAGGAGCAGCCGGCAGCCCCUGCCCCAGCACCUGCCAAGAAGACCACGGCCAAGGCAGACCCCGCCCUUCUCAACAACCACAGCAACCUGAAGCCACCCCCCACGGCACCCACGGCACCCAGCAGUCCUGAUGCGACCCCAGAGCCCAAGGGUCCUGGGGACGGGGCAGAGGAAGAGGAGACCGCCAGCAGGGGCCCAGGGGGGCAUGGUCCCUGGCCUUUUGAGAACUUGACCCCCCUGCUGGUGGCUGGGGGUGUGGCUGUGGCAGCUGUGGCCCUGAUUCUUGGUGUGGCCUUCCUGGCCCGGAAGAAAUGA